AGCCCCUGCCUGACCCCACCAGCUCUGACUCCCCCAGAACGCCCAGCCGAGUGCCUUCAGAGACCAACCCGAAGAACGGAGAGACAGGAUCCCACCGCCUGCAAAUCCCAGCGAGCAGGUCUCCCAGCAAGAUAAGAGGCCCUGUGCCUGAGAAUGAAAGACGCUCUAGACCCUUAAGAAAGAGCACCACAGCAGUCAAAUCAAGAAAGGAACAAAGAUAUUGUAAGAUGUUCAACUCCAGCACAAACUUCUCGGGAAACAACUGCAGUCACAGCACAGUAAUAACCAAGACAGUCAUUCCCCUGGUCUACUGUUUAAUUUUCAUAGUAGGACUCUUGCUGAACGGUGUGGCAGCAUGGAUCUUUCUGUAUGUUUCUAGCAAAAAGAGUUUUAUUGUCUAUCUCAAAAACAUCGUUGUUGCUGAUCUGCUAAUGAGCUUGACAUUUCCUUUCAAAAUUCUUGCCGAUUCAGAAAUUGCACCUCCACAGCUCAACACGUUUGUGUGCAGAUACUCUGCUGUUGUUUUUUAUACAAACAUGUAUAUCGGGAUAACAUUUUUUGGCCUCAUAGGUUUUGACAGAUACUACAAAAUUGUAAAGCCUUUAUUCACCUCCUUUGUUCACAGGGUGAACUACAGUAAGGUGGUCUCUGUAAUCAUAUGGUUAUUGUUAAUGCUUUUAUCAUUUCCAAAUAUGAUUUUAACUAAUGAAAUCACUACAGAAGGUUAUUCCAGAAAAUGUAUUGGUCUUAAAAAUGAGCUUGGCAAACAGUGGCACAAGGCAUCAAGUUAUAUUUGCACAGGGAUUUUCUGGGUUGUUUUUCUUCUGCUGAUCAUUUUUUACACUUCUAUAUCAAAAAAAAUAUAUAGCUCUUAUAAAAAAUUCAGAAGGAACUCAGAUGCGACCAAGAGAAAAACCAGCCGUAACAUAUUCAGUAUCAUGUUUGUAUUUGUCGUUUGCUUUGUACCUUAUCACCUCUGCAGAAUACCAUACACUCUAAGUCAAACUAGCUCACAAUUCAACUGCCAGUCAAAAAAAACCCUGUUCUACGCAAAGGAGUUUACUCUUGUACUGUCUGCUGCAAAUGUGUGCCUUGAUCCCAUUAUUUAUUUUUUCCUCUGCCUACCCUUUAAAGAAAAGCUGUAUCAAAAACUGCAUCUCAAGCUGAAAACUUCAUAUGAGGUUGAAAUUUCUAAAUCCAGAAGAUCAAAUACACUUCGGGAAAGUAUAAACAUAGUAUAGGUUCAGGUCUGUAACAUAAUGCACGUUUCAGAAAGUUAUUCAAGAAUCCAAGUCUCAAAGAAACUGAACAGAUGAGAAUCAGCAAUAAAACAGAAAAAAGGUUUCAGCACAAAAUACCAAGUGGUGUUGCUCUGUAUAAAAACACUAUUGCAUGUUGCCAAUGUAUUUACUACGUGCUAUUUCAGCUGAUGCUAUGAUGGCUUUACAGUGCGAUACGACCUAUCUGGAUCUCAAAAAAAGAGAGAGGAAUAACUGGAACAACACAUUCUGGAGCUCCAGGCCAUGGUUCUCUGAACAGAUUAUCCAGCAGACCCCAUAAUCAAACUGAUUUGCUGUUGUUUCUCACAAGGCCAGGCACGACACAUGACAGUCAACAACCAGCCUGAAGGGCCCUGGAACGACUGAUGGCUCCACCUUGGCUGGAGCAGGCCCCUCGGAAGCAACACGAGGAAGUCCAGCACAGGCCUCUCUGGCUUGGCCUCUGCCAGCCCAUAAAGAGGACCGAGCCCCUGAGGGGAAGCACUCUCAUGUAUUUACCAGCUCACAAAGCAAAGCGAUGAAGGCAAUACGCAGCUUAAGGAAGAACUCUAGUCCAACAACUGAGGAAAAAAAGAGAUUUUUCAAGAAAAAAAAAAUAGAGAUCAAAUCCUCAAAGAUCUGCACAGAGCCUG